AUGGCUUCAGAAGAUGUCUAUUUGUCGAAGUUGAAUGAAAUAAUUGAAUUGUUUCAAAAUUACAAACCAGGUAGAAUUAACUUAGAUAAUAUUACAAAAUUAUGCCAAACUUUGGGUUUGGAGUCUUUCAUCGACGACAUAGACACAAAUAUAUCAAGACUCUCCACGGCGUCAAAAAUAAUAGUCGUGGAUAUCGAUUUUGAUAAAUCAUUAGGGAAAGUAAAAGAUGUAAAACUUGUUUUGGCUUCGAAUUUUGAUAAUUUUAAUUAUUUUACAGAUAAAUCAUUGCUAUUAAACAGUGUUAAUGGCACAAAUAAUACUAAUUUGAAAGAGGAGCAAACUGAAAACAACAUUCUACUGAAUUCGUUGACAAAUUAUGCAGAUUUGAAUGAGUUUUAUCAAAAUUUAAAAUACAUUUAUCUGUUGGAUACAUAUUCUUGUAUAGAUUUGGAUUCAAAUCAAGCAAAAUCAAAGUCCAGUGGAAACACAACUGUAAUUAAUAGUGGAGAUAUUAUCUCAACAACUAAUUAUGCUGUAAGCGCAACUGACAAUGUCUCUUCGUUGCAAAUAUCGUCAACUGGCAAUAUGAAACCAAAUUCAAGUCCAAAUGCAAAUGCAAACUUGGAUGUAAAUAAUGCACAUACUGCUACAUCUCCAGUACCAGCACAGAAUAUUGAUAAAAAUGAUUGUAAACUAGAUCUGUUCAAAUAUUAUACAGAGCUAGCAGAUUAUGUCAGAAAUUAUUUCAUUUCAAAUAACUCAGAUUUCACAGUUAUAACAAAUUUAAGAGAUAUAUUCGGUAUUUAUAUUAUUUGGAAUGACGAUUUCAAGAAUCCUAUUGCAAGAAUAUAUUUAGAAAAGUCCAAAGAAUCAAAAAAUCGUCUAUUUGAAUUUGUGUAUUUACCAGGAGAUGAUAAAUGGUCAAAUGAAGAUUUUGAAAAGUACACUAUAGGUGUAUCCUUAGUGAUGGAAAUAAUGGGUGAAACAGAAAACCAAACUGGGAAGCAUAACAGCAUAUGGUUCCCAAAGGAGUCUAUCUCUGACGAUCUUAUUUUACAAUCGUCAUUUACAGAUAUUAUAAAGGAAAAUAUUGAUUCUAACGACAAUAAUAUGUUGAAUAUCUUGUUUAAAAAUAUCCAAAGCGAUAAUAACUUGUCAAUUAAUGAUUACUUGAUUUUCAGUGGCAAGUGUAGGUUAGUUAACGAUUUUACUACAAGCUUAAUAAAUAUAUCUAAAUUUGAUAUAGGUAAUGAUCAUUUGGAUUUAAUGUUAGAGAUAUUAAACUGGAUUAAAUGGUCGAAAAUGGUUCUAACACCAGUUUUUGAGAUUAUAAGCAGGGAUAAUAAUGGCUCGACAGAUGAUUUUUCAAGUUAUGAAAAAGCUAAUGAUUCAAAUAUAGAUGAAAACAUAAAUUUACAAAAAUUAAAAAUGAAAACUAUAAGAUCUACUAGAAGAAGGUCAUCAUCUCUUGCCAAGAGGCCUAGUAUUGUCGAAGCCUCUAUUCUGAAAGAUGAAGGGUUGCAGCAAUUCAAUUUACAUGAGAUUAUGUCGCAACCUGUCAUAGAAGAUGAAAAAAUUGAUGGUCUAGAUUACGUUGAGGAAUCUGCCUCCGAAAAUCCGUUACAUAACGAUAGUAAUGAGAAUGCAAACGAAGAUAUUGAGAUGGAAGAUGCUCAAGGGAUGGACUUUAAUACAGAGCCAAUGCUGAAAAUAGAAAAUAAUAACAAAAAAAUAAUAAAAUCAUAA